CACACAACAACAAGCAAAGUCUCAAAAAGGAAGCUAUUCUACUAGAUGUAGAUCUAGAUCUAGAAUCUAGAUUAGAUUUUCUAGACCUAUGCCUAUUAGAUUCUAAGAAAUACUCACGUUGGUAAAAAGAUAGCCCAGAAAGAGACACUUCCACAACGUCAAUAAGGUUUUACACGUCACGGUGGGCCUAAUCAGAAAAGAAUGAGAUGGUUGUUUGUUUUUCAACCUUUCACAACACCACACCAGCUGACAACGUCACAGUUGACACACUGGGCCGAGCGGGGAUCUCUGUCCCGAUGUGUCGCGCUACAGUCGCAGCUGUUUUCUAACUGUUUUGAUUGGCUCAUCCACAGCGGAAGUUACUGUUGCCAUUUCCUGGAUGCAACAAGAUGGCGGUAAACGCGAAGGUUUGACAAGUCUAAACGUAUGCCUAGGAAGUCAGACUUACUUUAAUCGCUGUUUCAUGCAAAGAAAGACAUUAUGGAUAACUUAUGGCAAAGCCCAUUCGUCAAUGUUUUCAAGCACUUCAAUUUGCCAGCAUGGAAGAAAGCCACGAAGGAAGGCGAAGUGUCAUCCUUGAUGGACAAGACAGUCAAGGGGACGGUGUACAAAAUCUCCGGCAGCAUUCCGGCCGGCAACUACGUCCAGCUGCCCAAGACAAACACCCAGUCUCUGGGCCUCACCGGCCGCUACUUCUAUCUGCUGUUCCGGCCCGUCCCCUCCAAACACUUCGUUGUUCAUCUAGAUGUGGCAACUGCUGACAGUCUGGUCAUCAGAGUGUCCUUCUCCAGUCUGUUCAAAGCUUUCAAGUCCACGUCGACGUGGCUGCAGUUCCCCUAUGUGUGCAGCCCCGCACCCGGGCCAGUGCCAGCGUACGCUGCAGACGCUGCGAGAGACCAGAGCGGGCCGGCUCCGAUGGUCACUCGCUGGACGCUUCUGUGCCUGGACCUCCAGCACGUGCUGUCCACCUACCUCAACCGGCGCUUCCUGUACGUCAAGUCCGUGCGCCUCUGUGCCAACAUGAUGGUCAAAAAUGUCUUCACCAGUGAUACGUUGUACGACCCAGGGCUGACGAUGGUUGAAGCCAAGAGACAGGGCCUGACCGCCCAGGGCAUCUGUCCUCUGCCGCGAGACAUGAGCUACCCCCUGGCCAAAGGCGACACGUGGCACGACAGCUACGAUUGGAUCAGAUUCCCCAACGACAGUUCCAGGAAGCCCUUCGACUCCAUCCAGCCAGCCAGCCCAAGGUCAAGGUCAAAGCAAGGGAAGACAGCACUGACGGCCAACAAGUCAGACGUCGGGGCCAGUGGACCGCAGAGAAUCCAGGCCCGCACGGUGGACGUCAGCAAGUGUGUGUCCGACCGGGUGUCCAUGAUCCACAAACUGACCACCCCGAAACAGGGCCUGCGGAACCAGGAAGUGACGUCAGAGCUGCCGGAACUACCCGCGUGUGAUCGUAGCGAGAACCGCGGCCAGGAGAUCCACGUCUUUGCUCAUCCUGAUCAGGAGCACCACCCCAGAACACAGCCGGCCGGCGGGGGUAGGAGGUCUCUGGAGCCCGACCCAAUCAUGAAGCUGAAGCGAAUCAUCGGCUUUGGUGGAGCGACGUACAGAGACGCUCUGUGGUCAGCUGACGGUGCGUGUGUCGUGUACCCGUGCCACGCUGUGGUCGUUGCCAUGACCAUCUCCAGCGGGCUGCAGAGGUUUUUUAUUGGCCACACGGAUAAGGUUUCGUGCCUGUCUAUGACGUCCAGUGGCGGGCUGGUGGCGAGCGGACAAACAGGUCAGAUGAGUGCGGUGAGGGUGUGGAAGUUUUCCACCGGGGAGUGUCUGGCCAUCGGGAAGGUGCAUGUGCACUCUUUGUCCUGUCUGAGUUUCUCGGCCAAGGGAGCGGUGCUGUGUGGGGUGGGCAAGGACAACCACGGGAAAAAUCUGGUGGUGGUGUGGAGCACGUCGCGUGUGGCGCGCCACAGAGAGAUGUCCGUCAUGGCCAAAGCUCACACCGACGUGGACAUUUCUCGCAUCCUUGUGGCCGGAUUUGACGACACCAAAAUGGUGUCUUGUGGCCGGGACAACGUGCGUCUGUGGAGGGUGAGGGAGGGAGCCCUGCGGUCAGCGCCGGUCAGUCUAGGGGAGUACCACGCCAUGGAGUUCACCGACGUCUGCUUCGAGGCGUGCGCUCACAUGGACACUGAGCCAGAGAACAGGCUGUUCUAUGCCUGCACCAAGUCUGGUCACAUCUUUGAGAUGGACUACAACAAGCUGACCGUACAGCACGUGCGGAGACUUCUGCCCAGCAAGAGUGGCGUGGGCCGGGGGUCCAAGAUGAAAGAUUCUGGAGAAGCAGGUGGCAGUCUGUCCCUCACCUCCAUGCAUCUCAACGACACGUUCUGCGUGACGGGCUCAGACGACGGCUACCUCCGGCUGUGGCCGCUCGACUUCGCUCACGUCUACCUGGAGGCCGAGCAUGAGGGCCCCGUCACUGCGUCGCGUCUGUCAGCUGAUGGCCUCAAGAUUCUGGCUGGCACUUCCAAGGGCAACCUUGGCGUCCUGGAUGUGUCGACGCGCGCGUACACCACACUGAUGCGCUCACACACAGGCCGCGUGGCGUGUUUUGCCGUGGACCCCAUGCGGAGACACCUGGCCACUGUGUCGGACGACGGCACGAUCCGCGUGUGGGACGCUGACACGCUGCAGCAGCUGUACGACUUCAGCGCGCCCGACGAGACGCCGGUGACCAUCAACUACCACCCGAGCAGACAGCUGUUUGCCUGUGGCUUCCACAGCGGCACGGUUCGAGUCUUCAACGUGGAGAACACCAGCCUGGUGGCGGAGCACAGACAGCUGCGAGGACAAGUGACGGGCUUGGUUUUCUCGCCCGACGGUGCCCGCCUCUACAGCUGCUGCUCCCUCGGGGUGGCGGCCAUCUUUGACGCCUGCACGCCCGGCUACAAGGUGCUGCGUGUGAUCGCGGGGCUGGUGGCGCGAGGGGAGGGGUUCGGACCUCAGGCUCUGGCAGUCAGCCCAUGCGGUCGACGCGUCGCGUUCAUCGGGCCCAGUCAGUACACGGUGACCAUCGCAGACGCCAAAUGUCUGGACGAGCUGGUGAGGAUUGACGUGUCCAGCGUGGGCUCUGGAUCGGGCCAUACCCCCAAUCUGGACUCUGCCCAGCGAGUGACCUUCACCCCGACCCGCAGGGACCACCUGCUCGUGAGCACGGCCAACAACAAGCUGGUCAAAUACGACGCUCGCUCGGGACGUCUGGUCAGCGAGGUGGAUCACAUUCACCGCUCUGCCUGCAGCGCGCUGACGGUCUCAGACUGUGGCAAAUACCUGGCCACAGGCGGGGACAAAACCAUCAAAAUCUGGGACUACGACAUGAAGUUGGACAUCAACUUUCAGGUGUUCAUCGGACACAGCGAGAACGUGAGCCGCGUCCACUUCACCCCGGACGGCCUUGGGCUGGUCAGUGGCGGGGAGGCUGUGUACCUGUGGGACUUCCUAGUGCGCCGACCUCCCACCCCACCAGUAGAGGGAAGGAUGGAUCUGACUGACAUAGAGGAGGUGUCGACCAGAGCGGAGAUAAUGAGUGUGGACGACGAGGAAGAACUGACUGCCCACCAGGGGGCGCCGCUGUUUCCCCGGCCCGCCACCACGUCUAUCUCUCCACGCUCAGAUGACAUCGACGCUCUCAGCUCCAUCCACGGAGCCAGUGACUCAGAAGACACGCCAGCUGUUGUAUCUUCGAACCACAAGGUCUCCGGUGAGCCAGGCGGGCGGGGCAGAGGUCCAGUGGGUGUUGACCACAGACCUGGCAGAGGUCCAGUGGGUGUUGACCACAGACCAGCGAGGCACGACCCACGCGCUGACACGAAGGACCAGUACGUCGCUGAUCAGAACAUGUCUAAUGGACCUACAGCCCAGAGUGACCUUCACACGUGGUCAGAGCCGGGGGUCAACGGGACCGCCCACCCAGACGUCUCACGGGGCUUACAAGGGAGGAAACUGACAGGACAACAGCCUCGUGUGGACGGAGUUAUCUGCCCACCAUCUGCGUUUGUUCAUUACCGCCUGAAGGACAAGGCUCACGGAGUGGCUCAGUGGGACUCGACUAACUACCAAGUCCUGGCGACCAGCGUGGCAGCCUGGCCCAUCCACGGCGUGCGCUGGGACCCUCUGACCGUCAACGAGUUUGUGUCGGUGGGCGAGCGAGGCAGCGUGUUGUUCUGGCUUCUGGACGAGAGCGCGGGUCCCGUCUGUCUCAACGUCCACCAGGCUCACCUCCCGCCAAAGCUGGACACAGUGGCCAACAAGGGCAAGCCAGUGACGUUCACUUCCCUGGCCUACGCCGGAGACAGCACGGCCUACAUCGGGACACAAUCUGGACACGUGUCAGCCUGGGACACGCGACACAACACAUGUUUCCUGCACUGGGAGGCCGACAGCGCUGAGAUCACCCAGCUGGUGUGCAGACACAGUCGCCUGAUGACGGCCAGCGCGGGACACGCCAUCAAGCUGUGGUCAGUCGCCGGCGUCUCUCACACCAGGCCAGCCAAUGGGAGGCCGGCGGCUCAGGGGCACACCGCCACCGCAGGGCUGACUAUGGAAGACGAGAUGGCUUUGGAUGGACCAAUCACAUGCGCUGAAUUUGACGACACGUUAGAUAUGGGCAUCGUGGGAACAGGGGCAGGAACUCUGUGGUACAUCAACUGGUCGGAGAGGUCGUCUAUACGUCUGGUGGCGGGGCACGGGAACAAAAUCCACGGAGCGACCUUCACCCCUGACAACUUGCUGGUGAGCGGUGGCGAUGACGGGAGUGUGCGCGUGUGGUCUGUGCGCAGUCGGGAGCAGGUGCUACAGUUUCAGGUUAAGCUACAGUCUUGUACAUGUCUGGCCGCACGCCCAGCGAGUGAGGGCGAAUCUGGGACAUGUCCGCUGGUGGUGGGGGGGUACAGUGACGGGACGCUGCGACUUUUUGACCUCAGCUCGGUGGAGAUGUUGCUGAAACUACAGCCCCACGCGGUCACUGUCACAGCUGUCUGCUUCUCUGCUGACGGUGCCAUGAUCCUGUCAGGAGCCAGUGACGGCCUGAUCGCGGUAAGCAGUCCGUCUACGGGGAUGACCGUCCGCAUCAUCAGCGACCACAAGGGAGUGGCCAUUUCCAACAUGGACGUCACUCUGACAAAGGAGGUGGACGUAGGAGUGAGCGCCCCCACCCUGUGGCUGGCCAGUAGCGCAGACCGACGGGUCAGUGUGUGGUCAGCCGACUGGGCCAGCGACUUCUGUGAGCUGGUCGACUGGAUGACGUUCCCGGGACCCGCGGUCAUGCCCGACGGCACCAGGAUCAGGAAGAACGACACG